GUGCCAUCCAGUAACAUCUUCCGCCGCCUCCUACUGUGCACAAUGUGGAGCGCAUGUAAUGGUGCGGCGGGAGAUCGCAACUGGUGAUCGGAGGUGGGGUGGCCAGAGCACGGACACCAGUGCUGCCCCAUCCGCGCGCACUUUCGAAGAUGGGGUGCGUAAGCUCCCGCGCAAAGUCCACCGACGAGUACGCUACGGCGGUGGAUAGAACAGAGAGGACGUCGGGAACGGCCCUCAAGUUCCCCAACGCCAUCCCUCUCGGGUCCACCGACGGAUGCUACGACUUGGAGUCGAGUCAUGUUGAACCGACAAUCAACACCGCAAGCACUGAUAACGACACGUCCCAUUCGUCGCUGUCGUCCUCCACAUUGACGGCAGACCUCCCAGUCCCCAGCCCGACGAAGCCUCUAUCUACGACGGCGGCGUUUGCCACCUGGAUCAACAAUCUCAAUGAAGAUCCAUUGCUCGCGACAGUCGCCAUUCCUUACGACUGUCUCCUUCUUCAGAGUUCCAGCCGACCUACCGGCAUCUUCGGCAACGUUCAUCGUGGGACCUACCAAGCGAUGGCAGUCGUUGUCCAUCGCUUGGAUGCGUCCAAAAUCAACGAGCGUCGUCUCCGUAUCUUCAAGGACGACAUCUACUUACUCAUGCGUCUGCAGCACCCCAACAUUGUCCAGUUCAUCGGGGCGUCUUGGACCGCACCACCCACGAGCUCGUCGGCGUGCUGUUGCCUUGUGAUGGAAUACCCUCAACGCGGUGACUUGUACUCGAUGCUGCGGAGCCCGAAGUACAAGCUCACGUGGCAGAAAAAUCUGCUUCGCAUUGCCAUGGAUGUCGCGGCAGGCAUGGCGUACCUUCAUUCGUGCAACCCGCCCGUUCUCCAUCGCGAACUACAAAGCCUGCACGUCCAUGUCACCUCCAACUACGUAGGCAAGAUAGCCGACACUGCGUCGACGCCGUCGCAGGAAAGCAGCAGCGGGUCGCGUUGGAUGGCGCCGGAGCGCAUCCUUGGGGAGCCGUACGACGGCAAGGCGGACGUGUACAGCUUUGGCAUUUUGCUGUCGGAAAUGGACACGAGCAAGAUUCCGUAUGAAGAGAUGGCGCGCCACCGGCCGACAAAGUACACCAGCAUGGAGAAGGCAACGCGAGCGUCGACGGAGCUUCUGCGCCGCAUCACGACUGAAGGACUCCGUCCACAAAUGGCCGUCCAUGGCCUCGCCACCGUCCGUUCGCUGUUCACCCGAUGUGUCAGCGUCGACCCCAUGGAACGACCGACGUUUGAAGAGAUUGUGACGUUCUUGAAACACGACGUCCAGGACGAAAUCAACGUUCGAUUUCCUUCCACAAGCGGACUCUUCUGGCCAACGUGAGGGGUGCAUCCGUACUACCUCGCUCACCGUACGAGCCACCACAAGCACUUCCACUCUCCCCUUCUCCCCCAAAUUUCCUGGUGACGAGGGUACCCGAGCUCGUGACUGCGCCAACCGCGUCCAUCGACGGACAAACCAGGUGAUGCGCUAACAAGGUCCAGGACGAAGCAAUCCAGCUGCGCAUCUGCAUACUCUCUGCUCCUCAAGCAAGCGAAUCCUUUCCUCGAGCUGCAUCGUUAGGAUAUGUGGUCAAGGAUCGAGUGCAUGGCUUCGACACGUAUGUGCCUAAAGGUCGGCCAACAUUCAUUUGCAUGCACGUGUGUGCUGAUUGACGGCACGUGAUACUCACAAUAAGCUGUAUAUUACGCUGGAACGUUGACAUAUUUUCUCCGUGCAGUGGUGAAACGAGCGCCCGACGCUGUCCCCACUGGACAAGCCGCCGGGUCACGCAUCGUUGUCAAUGUACUGCGUUACGUGGUUGACGCCAAGUUCUUGGGCGACAAUCGGGUCGUUCAAGUCGACUUGAAUCGAAUCGUUCACCUACCAUCACACCAUCAUGGUCCCAGUCAUGACGAAGCACUCGAUGACGUACUGCGCGCUGGAGGAUCUCGCGUUUCACGUUUGUUUCGAGAUCGACCAUGAUCUCUUCAAACGUCGGUCGCAUGUCAGGGUCGUCCGACGUGCAUCGGACAAAGAGGUUGCGAACACUGUCGAGGCACUUGGCGCUCAUGUUUGGUCGUAGGUUCUUGUACGCGACCAUAUGCAUAAGCGUGCUUCCGGCAAUCUACGCUCCAUCAGACAUUGGAAUUGGCAUGUUGGCUUACGCGUUUCUUGGACGUGCCGACGUUCUUGAUGUCAUGGUAUGGAAUGCGGCGGGUGUCCAACUCGGUGAGCACUACAGGUAUAUUACCAUGUGCAGAGCCACGAACGAGAGCACAUACCAAUGCCAAAGCUAUACACGUCGGCCUUCUCCGAGUACCGCUCGGCGCGGAUCAUCUCUGGUGGGAGCCACAGCGGUGUCCCGGUCACGCUCAUCGUGUCGUCGAGGACCUUUUCUCGACUCAAGCCGAAAUCCGAAAUUUUUGCGCCGAACGAAGAGCUGCAUUCAAUAAAAGAUCGUGAACGUCUCAAAAAAAACGAUCGAACAACAUUCCUCGUGUUUAGAAAAGGUGCAAUAAUGUCCCAAAGAUGUCGAAAAAGUACCAAACGAUCAACCCACCCCGAAAUACGGCAUGAAGUAC